CGUUCUUGUCUCUUUCAUGUUCCCUGGGAAAGAAAUUUUUCUCUAUUGUGACUGUGACUUCCCAAAGUCCAAUUGCCUCUAUGGUACACGACUGUAGGGAUUUACAAUGUAUGGUAUGUGUUGAACUUGUUAUGUUGAAUACAGCUACCAAGAUUCUCUGCUGGCGCGUCUUAUAGAGGGGUCUGGUAGCUAUAAGUGAAAAGGAAAGAGGGGAGUGACGCAGGGUGGUGGGGUGGAGGGUUAUCUACUUUUAAUAAGUCAGUGGCGAAUAGAGUGACUUACUACAGAGUUCGGCUCAAAAAAGGCAGGUAAACUGAUGCUGGAUAGCUUAAAUACGCUGUGCAACAUCCUUAACUUUUAUUUGAAAAAAAAUAAAUAAAACGAACUUUCUGGAAAACUGUUCAUGUCCUCUUAGGCUUAUUAAUUUUAGACGAUUAACGACAGCUCGGAUUAUUACAAAUUUCGACAAUGUAUUGCGUAUUAAGAUUUUCGAUAAAUGUGUUACAAAGAUUUUGAAAUCCCGACAGCUGUUAUUACAAUUUGCGACAAGUAUUAAACAUCACGUCAACUGUACUAUUACAACCAUGAUCUAGGUAUUACUUACAAUAUUUCGCCACAGUAAAUAAGUUUGUCAACCGAAGUGUCUCAACAUCACUGCUCUAGGUUAUAGUCGGUGUUCUCAUUUGCCUCCGCUAACAUCACUGCUGCUAGUAACCAAACAAUAUCCUUGAAUUCUCCGUAUGCGAGAAGAUAGAACUAAAGACGUCCAGAGCAAUGUAGCUAUGAGCUCUUCGUUGCUCUUCGUUCUCGUGUCAUGUAUUUCAGCGACGCCUUAUCCAACGCUUGCACAGGGUCUCUGCCGACAUCUUAAAUUUUCCCCACCAGUCGAUGGGUAUGCCCUGCAGGGUCAUGUGAUCAAAGCUAUUUCUUUAAACAUAUACUUGGUGGAAAACAUACCAAGUCGCUGUAACAAUUAUUGUACCAUGGAAAGUAAAUGUGCAUCCUUCAACAUUGGUCCGUCAAUUAAAGACAUUGUUCUCUGUCAACUGAAUGACGCAGAUCACAUACAGCAUCCUAAAGAUCUUCAGGCCCGAGAAGGCUUCAUGUAUAGAGGCACUGAGGUGAGCAAAUCAAACUGA